AUGGAUCAGCAGGAGAUCAAGAAAUUGAAUGGUGUUGGUCUCGAGGAUCUGAGCUACACCGAGCUUGCUUCGCUUGAAAACAUGUUAAAGGAGGGAUACCGCAUUGUGAACGAACAAACAGAUGAGGCAUACAACGAAUUAACAUGCAAGCUGAUUGUUGAGUGCGAUGUUAUGGGGUAUGAUUGGGUUAACGAAAAAGAGAAAGAGGAUUUGGCCUACCAAUCUCUUCUGGCAAAGAGAAGAAGAGUUAUGAGGAACAAGGCUAGAGAACUCCGCCUCAGGCCUCCUCAAAAAAUCCAACAUCAUCGUAGAGAUGACCCUGAAGGACUGAUGCUAGACAUCGACGCUUUGAAGUUCGAGAAGGAGAGGCUACGUCUUUUAAACCAGAGAAUGAUUGGUAAAGAGCUUGACGGUAUGAGUUACUUGGAACUGUAUGUGUUUUGCUUUGAGAUACAGCAUGGUAUGUUGGAAGCCGAAAAGAUGAGGAAGAUAAAAGGUGCCAGGCCGGUCAACAUGGAACCAAUUUCCCCGGGACAGAUAUGAUCGUGACUUUAGGUGGGGCAGGUUCUUGGCUCGUGACAUUAAGAGAGAGAUGGAAAAUCGUUUUUGUUUAAUAAAGAGAGUCUUGUAUAAUUUUAUGGUGGUUC